AUGCAUUUAUGGGUCAUCACGACCUAUGUAUCUCUGCUUGCCCUGCUUCUCAAUCUGUUGGCUAGCCCUGAAGGACAUUCGGCUCCCAAUGCUGCUGCUGGAAGGGCUUCAGGCUCAAGCUCAAGCUCACUCACAAGCUUGGAAAAGUCGACCUCAAGGAAGCGUCCAAACCCUGACAAGCAAAGUCCUCCUGCAGCGAAGCCAAAAUCAGCCAAGGUUGGUUCAAGUCAGAAAAGUCCAUGGGUAACGUACGGAAGGCGAUGCUACCAUAUGCGAUUCCAGAUGAUGCACAUAUUGAGUCCAGGGAACCAUGACCAAUUUCACGAACAAACGUGCAAGAAUACAUGCAUCGAUUCCAUGACCAGCUACGUCACUCUCAUGAAAGAUAUCGGCAAGCACUGGCCCUAUCAAUCGUCAAAAAAUUGCAUUCAAUCCGGUUUCUGCGCUCGAUCGAGGACGAUCAACAUAACGCAUCCAAUUUGCCCUCUCAGACAAGCAGCUGCUCUAAUGGGCGUACCUUGCGAUUUGGAUGCAUGUCUUUGUAACAUGAUUGUGGACGUUUGGCGCGUCAAACGGCAUGGUCCAGCAACAGACGAAUUCUUCAAACUUGUUGAAGCAGGGUGGAGAAACCCAUUGUGUCGUCCAUCCAAGGUGUAUGAAACAUUCGAGAAAUAUGACACCAAGUGGAAGGUACAACGUCAGACCCUGAUUAUCGUCAAUAAGGAUGUUGAUUGCAAGAGCCCUUCGCAAGCAGAGCAAGAGCGGGAGUGUAAUUGCAAGAUUGAGAGUGAUAAACUUUGUCACGCCGUCACAACUGGCGAAACCAGUAGCUGCGCUGUCAACAACCCGGGCCCGGAUAAAAGAUGUCGAUGUGCACCAAACCAGGUGUAUGAUGCAGGUCAAUGUUCAGUAGCUGACCCAAGCUCUUCCGAAGCGGCAGACAUCGGAGAUACAAGGCAAGACCCUCUCUGGCAAGACAUUUACAAUCAGCUGCAAGAUGAACUUGAAGUCGACUUCGAUUGA